AUGUUCUUGAUCCAACCUGAUAUGGUAUCUAUAGCCACCGGUGAGUUGGUUCAAGAAAAUACAUGUUUAAGAAAUAGAAAUCAAGAACUUGAAAGAGAUAAUAAUCAGAUUCGUGCAACAAAUGAAAAUUUGACGCGAUUAAAUGACGUGUUAAAAAUUGUUUUGAGAGACACUGAAGAUCAGAGAGACCAUUUUAAAGCAUUGAAUAUUGAAGAAUUUGAUAAUUUUAUUUCGAAUUAUAUUUUUAGCUUAUUCAACAAUAUCGGAACAUUAUUUCAAUUUGAUAAUCAAUACACGACAAAUAUUAAAGUUUUUGUGGCCCGUCUUCGUGGUUCAUACGUGAAUCUCACUGAAAUGAAAUGA